GCAGGGCAAGAACGAGCGAGGCUCGCGAGUCGCAAUCGAGAGUACACACGUACACAACGCGGAGAGCACAACACGUUUGGGUGCACCGAGAUCGCACUCGCAGGAGCGAUAUCUCGAAAUUUGCUGGGCGAUAUUUGGAGUUCAGUGCUGGUGGAGCGGUCGGAUUGUUUGGGGGUGUUUUGUCUGCGGAUACCGUGCCAUAAGGACCUCGUGCUGUGAUAAAAGUUUUAAUUUUUUUUCGUUUAUUUUCAUGGAAUAUUAUGACGAAUGGUGAACGUUCUAGUUUUUCUAUUAAAGAUAUCAAAAUGGCAUUAUCCUCGGAAGAUAUGGGCUUCUGCUCGAGCGAAGACUACCUGGAGAACGAGCUGCACUCUCCCACAGACAGCUCCGAAGACAGCGUCGAAGUGAAAGUCUCCGCCAUAUCGUUGACCAAAAAACGAAAGGCCCCCGAAACGUUCACGGGCCCGCUGAAGAAGCGCAUGUGCCUCAAAGUCAAGGCGGAAAUCAACGACAGCCACCCGUUCAGGCCGUGGAGCCCGGCGCCCCCGGUGGCGCCCAAGCAGCCCGACGCGGUCAAGACCGAGGAGCCGCUGAACUUCCAGUUACCAAAAAUCGAAUGCCAAAACGCCGCCCGGGCGAAGGCGGAGGCGCCGUUCGCGCCGUACUUUCGGCCCCCCUCGCCGGCGGGCUACGCGCAGUCCGAGCCCGAGGACCUGGUGAAGAAGCGCGAUCCCGAACCCGACGAUAUCCGAGUACCUGUGCACCCGCAGAUCCAGAACCUGUCCGCCGUCGAAACGGAGCGGCUCAUACUCAAAUCGACGGAGGUGUUUCCGAACCUCGGCGUCGCUUCCGGCGCCGGCGUCGGCGUCUAUAAGAAGUCCGCCGAGGCGGCGCGCCGGGAGCAGAGGAAUUACAAGAAUAUGACCAGGGAAAGGAGAAUUGAGGCGAAUGCUAGGGAAAGGACGAGGGUGCACACUAUUAGCGCCGCUUUCGAUACUUUGAGGCGUUCGAUUCCUUCCUAUUCUCACAAUCAAAAGCUGUCCAAGUUGUCGGUGUUGAGGAUAGCGUGCUCUUACAUAAUGACUUUGUCUUCUAUGCUGGAGGACGAGAGUACCGAUCCCCCUGUAGCCGAGUGCGUCGAUUUAGUGACCAGGACUAUCCAAAGGGAAGGGAAAUUGAGGAAAAAGAAAGACGAUAACGACUGAGGCGGAGUCCCGAUGAUAUUUUUUGUGGUUUUUGUUCUGUUAGUUCCUAAAUUUUUUAAGAUUAUUCCAAGAUUUGUUUCGUUGGAUGCUGCCAAGAUGGAUUUCUACUUAUACAUUAUUCUGUAUAUAGGUUUAUAUGAAAACAAUAUUUAUUUGGAUAUUUAAUUAAAAUUAUUAUUUUGUAUGUCGUUGUUUCAUUUUUU